AUGCUGCUGUGGUCCGCCACGUGGCCAGCGGAGGUCAGUGCACAAACUGCAGCAGCAGCAGCAGCAGCUGCUGCUGCUGCUGCUGCUGCUGCAGCAGCAGUAGCAGCAACAGGGACGGCGGCAGCGGUGCAGGGCCUGGCUGGGGACUUUUGCGUCAAAGAUGUCAUUAAAGUUCAAAUUGGAGAUGGCGAGCUGCAGGCCAACCCUGACAUACAGCAGGUGCUGCCAUUUGCUGCCUUUAGCUAA